AUGCAGGUUGGAUAUGGAAUGCGUGGUGGGCGUGGCGGUGGUCGUGGGCGCGGCGGCAAUUACGACUACGGUGGCCAGUCGCAGCAGCAGUUCAUGGGCAGCAGCGCGCCAACAGACACAUUGUGCGUACGGAUAAGUGAGAUUCGCCAGCCUGUGACAGAGGACAUGAUGUACCGUGUCUUUGGAAGCAUUUCCACCAAUCCGCGUCGUGUGCAGAUUGUCCCCUCCUCUAAUCCCAAUGAGACGGUUGUCAUGGCACAGUUCUCAGACUCGUAUGCGACGCAGCGUGCAAUGGAGAGCCUGAACAACCGCAACAUCUUCAACGACGGAAACAAGAUGGUAAUGAACUACACUACGUGGGAACCGGCUCCUGUGCUCCCAGCACCACAGGUGCCGGUCUACGGCACUCCUGCCGCAGCGUACAGCGGCUUGCCGCCCCCGAACAACAUGAUGUACCAACAGAUGCCACCACAACCCAAUGUCUAUGUGGCCCCACGCCCGCAGCCAACGCUGCAAGUACCGCCAAUCCAGCAGCCACAGAUGGUGCCCAUCCCGCAGCCGCAGAUGCAGCAGCCACGAAUAGGCUUUGAGCAACUCCGUGGCGGCGGUGGCGUCCGAGGACGUGGGCGUGGAGGUCUUAGCGCCCUUCGUGGUGGCUCUGCGGCGAUGGGCUUCGACCCCAUGAUGAUGGGGUAUCCGCCUACCGGAUACCCGUCGAUGCCGCCCAUGAUGCCGAUGGCCAACAACAUGAUGGCGGCCUAUAUGUCACCGAAGGCGCUCCAGAAUAUGCCAACUGUUUUCCUGAGUGUAACUGUAGUACCUGAGAAGGUGGCACUGCAGUCUAUUUUUACCCUUAUUGAGGCUUUUGGGGGCGUCGUGACAAUUCGCCGUAAUCAUAACAAGAAGGAGAUUCUGACAGUGAAGAUGGCGUCUACUGCUGAGGCCGACAAUGUUGUGCAGCAUAUGCGUAAGGUGCCGUUCGAGGGAGGCACGGUGAGCGCCAAGCGUUUCCCAACAUACAACGAGCGCACACCAUGCACUGAUGACGGGGAUCCGGUAGAUCCGGCAACAGUGCAGUACGACUUUACAACGUCGCGCCAUCGCAGCCCUGGUCAGCGUAGCAAAUGCCACCCGUCCAAUGUGCUCAAGGUGACGGGCUGUGCUGGGUACUCGGAGGCGGAUGUCAUGACGUAUUUCACAAGCGAGUAUUUUUUUCCUGACCGCAUCAUCAAAGAUGACGAGGGGGCGUUCACUGUUAAUAUGGCCGACACAGAAACCGCUGUGGCGCUUCUCGUGAAGUGCCAUAACAAUGUGUGUGGCGAAGAGAGGUCAAAUGUUCUCUUUAUAGAAGGACCCAAGGAAGAAAACGGCAACAGCAACAACAAUUGCGAAAACGAAGAGGAUAACGCGGAGAAGAAUAGAAUGGAGUGA